AUGUACGGCUAUCCCGGUGCCCCCGGCUACAACCGCCCCCCGGGCUUUGCAGCAGGUCCGCCUGGCAUGGCACCACCUGGAAUGGGUCCGCCAGGCGCUGCCGCACCCCCUCCCGGCGUCGCAGCUCCUCCAGGUGUCGCGAACGCUCAAGUCCCACCGACAAUGAACGGACCGCGCGCUCUACCCUCAGGAUGGCAAGCGCCUGCCAACAUGCCCAACUUCAACUUCAACGCGCCCGUCAUUCGCUUGGGAACGCAGGGAGGUCGGAGCGGAGCUGCUGAUAGCCAUGCAGGCGGACGGAGGGAUAAUGCAGCACCACCCGCUCGCCGUGGACUCGGUAUGGAUAGGGACGGCGAUCGCCGAGACGGUCCCAUGCAGGUCAUCCCACCCAGUCGCGAGGAGAUUGCAAGGACAAUAUUUGUUGGCAACAUCCCCGAUGGUGUUGGUGGUGAUGAGGGUAUGGAGCGCAUUCUCGAGACUGCUGGAAAGCUAGCCCGCUGGACAAGGGCAACCGAUGCGAACAACAAACCUCAGACAUUCGGUUUCGCCGAGUUUGGGGACGCGCAGAGCCUGGAGACGGCCGCCGAGAUCUUCAAAGAUGUGCACGUACCUACGAAGCGCCAAAAGCCCGGCAAGGCCAAGAAGGAGGAAGGCGAAGAGGAGCAAGAGGUCGAGACCACAAAACUGCACUUUAUGGUCGACGAUGCCUCGAUCAAGUACGCAGAGGAAUGGAGCAAGACGAGAAACGAAGACGAGGCCACUGUCCAAUUUCGCCUUGACAGUGCGAAGGAAGCACUUUCCCAAGUUCUCGCGAGCUUCUUCAACCCACCCAACGCGGCCACCAUGGACUACGCUGGAGACACAAUGAUGCAAGAUGCGCAAACCCAAGAUGGCGAGGAUGUGGAGGUCGCUUUCGUCAACCUCGCCAAUGGGGAGGAUGAGCUUGCGGAUAUCCCUGCGGAGAUGCGAGAGAUUGUUGCCGCUGAGAUCGCAGCCUUCCGCGACCGUUCGAACCAGCGCGAUCGCGAACGCCUGAGGAAGGAGGAAGAGGUUGAGCAGGAAGAGCGCCGCCGUAGUGGGAGGCGCACUUCGCCCCCUCCUUCUGCGCCUACUGGACCUGGCGGUGCCAACGGAGUGCCACUAGGUCCGCGUGCUGAGCGUGGAGUUCAAGGCGCACCGAGUGGACCUAAAAACUCCCAGUUUCCCCGCGAUUAUCAAGGUGGCGUAAACUUUGUCAACGGUGGUGCUAUCAACAAUGGUACCUACAUUGACCGCGAGGAUGAUGAUGAUUCAGCCAGCGACUCUGAGCUUGAACGCCGUCGCCAGAAGAAGCGAAGUGAGGAGGCCGACGAAGCGUAUAGGAAACAGCUUUCUCGAUGGCUCAACACAGAGCGUCGUACUGUCGCCUCACUCGAGCGUACAAACGAGAACUUUAAGAACAAGGAUGCGGAGCGCGAGAAAGCACGCGCGGAACAGGCAAAGUUCCUCCGAGAGUACGACGACGAUGAACAAGCAGCUUCCAGGCGCGAUCUCUACUACCGCGACCACAGCGAUUGGAUCCGUGCGCGCGAAAAGUAUCGUAGUCAAGAAGCCAAGGAAGAUGCCGCGGAUCGGGACCAAGAACGACGUGAACUCGCGACACAAAAGAAGCAAAAGGAUCAUGCUCGUGGUCAGGCCGAUGCAUUCCUGGAAGAGCAGGGCGAAGAAAUCAUGCGCAAGGAGGAACAGCGCGAGCCCGCCUCACAUUUCAAGAUCUCUCUGGGUGCCGCCACAAAGAAGCUCGAACAGACUGCUGCUCCUCGCCGCACAGCUGCCGACGUCGAAAACCUUCUCGAAGACGAAGAAAUUACCGAUCAGCCCGGUACUAAGAAGCGCACUCUUGUUCCUAUCAACUUCGAUACCGCUGUCCGCGCCAACCUCACGCAGGAGGAAAUUCUCGAAGGCCAGCGACAGCUUGCGCGCGACAUUCCUACUGACAAGGAAGGCUUGUGGAAGUGGCCUGUCUCUUGGGAUCAUCUACCUGAGAAGACCAUCGACAAGGACAUCAAGGACUGGGCUGGAAACAAGGUUCUCGAGAUCAUGGGUCUACAGGAAGAAAUGGUUGUCGAUGUCAUUGUGGACUAUCUGAAAGACAGGCGCGGACCUCAGGCCCUGGUGGAGAACUUGGAAGGAGCCCUCGACGAGGAAGCUGAGUCUCUUGUCAAGAAGCUCUGGCGUAUUGUCAUCUACUACAGCGAGACGGAGAAGAGAGGUAUCAAAUAAGUAUGUAGUCUUACGUUCAUACAGACAACGGACAGCAUUGCGGUCUCUACGGGUCAACCUUCUACGGGAAAUCUACGGUACGGGCGAGUGAGUAUAUGGGCGGUCUUCUCCGAGUAGCUAUUGACGCGACGUAGGGUCCUCGGGAUCUUGCAUCACGGUACGAAAGUAGAUAAUGGGUGUGGAAUCGAUCAUCAUACCA